GGAUACGCAAUCCGAUGUUUGCUAAACAGAUAGAUGGCUGCCCAGAGGAGUUAUUUGCGCCUAAUAUCCGCACCAAAGCCAACAAAGAGAUCAUGGCGGCGGUGUGUUGCAGAGGCUCUCAGAAUGAGUCAGUCUCUGCAGGGCUCGCAACACAACUGAGACAUAGAUUUUUAAAUGACAAUGGAGGCUGGUGACACACAGCAAAGUGGUGAAACAGUUGUCUCGGAGUCUGAGGCCCAGCAGAUCACCCUGGCCCAGGCAGGGCAUGAUGGUGGGUUGUCAUGGUUACAGGCAUCCAUAGCAGCUGGCCAGGUGACAACCAGUGGUAACACAGUGACUCUAGUGCAGUUACCCAACGGUCAGACGGUCCAAGUGCACGGGGUGAUCCAAGCUGCUCAGCCCUCCGUCAUCCAGUCUCCACAAGUCCAGACAGUACAGAUUUCGACUGUUGGUGAGAGCGAGGACUCUCAGGAAUCCGUAGACAGCGUGACAGAUUCUCAGAAGAGGCGAGAGAUCCUGUCCAGACGACCUUCUUAUAGGAAGAUUCUGAAUGAUUUAUCGUCGGAUGUUCCAGCAGUGCCUCGAAUUGAGGAAGAGAAGUCAGAGGACGACACGGCCCCUGCCAUCACCACAGUCACCAUGCCCACUCCAAUCUACCAGACUAGCAGCGGCCAGUACAUCGCCAUUACACAGGGUGGGGCCAUCCAGCUGGCCAAUAACGGCACAGAUGGAGUGCAAGGCCUGCAGACGCUCACCAUGGCCAACGCAGGCCAGCAGGGUGCCACCAUCCUGCAGUACGCCCAGACCAGCGACGGGCAGCAGAUCCUAGUGCCCAGCAACCAAGUGGUUGUACAAGCCGCCUCAGGUGACGUCCAGGCCUAUCAGAUCCGCACCGCCCCCACCAGCGCCAUCACUCCCGGGGUGGUCAUGGCGACUUCGCCUGCACUGGGCUCAGGAGGAGGCACCGAGGAAGUCACACGCAAAAGGGAGGUCCGACUUAUGAAAAACAGGGAGGCAGCCCGCGAGUGUCGCAGGAAGAAGAAGGAGUACGUCAAAUGUCUGGAGAACCGCGUGGCUGUCCUGGAGAACCAGAACAAAACCCUCAUCGAGGAACUCAAAGCCCUCAAAGACUUGUACUGCCACAAAUCAGAGUAGAAAACGUCACCAAACGCCUGCCAGGUGCCCCGUCUGUCCCCAUGUACAGAGACUCAGCACAGAGCCAUGCAUCUGGAUGCCACUCCCCCUCCCCCACGCCCCCUUUUCUACUCUUUUGCUUUCUUUUUAAAAACUGCUGAAAAAUCUGUAAAGUGACUCACCGGGAAUAGAAAAACCACCCUCUCCCACUUCAGCGAUUUGAAAUUGUAAUACUGUUCCCAUCGGUUUCCCACGAAAGGGUCGAAGCAACGUUCAGAACGGAUGUGGAGACGACAACGAUACAGGGUCCUUGUGGUGAAGUGAACAGACUAUGAGGCUGUUCUUGUGUUUUUUGACGCCACCAAAGGGAAGCAUUCCAGUCACUGGUGCCUGGACAAACUGGGCGACAUCACCAGCAACGUGGGAACUGCUCAAUUACCAUCACCAAUAGCGACGGAACUUUUUACAGCGUAAUCUCCCCAAGACACUUGGAUUACUUGGGAGAGGUUACCUUUUGUGUGCAACGUUUGUAAUUGUACCUGCGCUCUCGCAUUAACAUCUGUUACUUACUAAUGCUUUGAACUGUAGACGGGCUGCGUCAUGGACAUUUUAUCUUUUAGCUGUUUUGUUGAAUUAUGUAUUGGAUUAUCUGCUCGCAUAAUGCCAUUUUUUUUUUUUUUUUUUUUUACUUUUAAUUUCCUUUGCCUUGAUACGACAUGAACAAAAAAAAAAAAAAAGCUAAGCAUUAUGUUGGGUUGUAAAAAUGGUCGUCAUGUUAAAUGCAGCUUUAAACAUACAUGAUGAAAACCUACCGUAGUCCAGAUCUCUCAAGUGGAACAUUAAUGGUUACUUCAUGUGAUUGUUUGGUCUGUGAUGCAUGUUCCCAAUCAUAAUACUAAGGCUCAUUGUUUUUGAUUUCUACCAAACUUAACUUCCCCAGAUAUAUAAAAGGAGCAGACUAGUGUUAAAGGUGCUGUUGGUAACGUUAAGCCACGAGAUGUCGCUUUCUCCCUUCCCCUUUUCAUUGCAUUCACUUCAGAACAAGUGGUUGCCAGGCAUCCACACUAUCUGAUGAUACAGAGAUACCACGUGACACCAACGUCGCUUUACUAUUGGCUGACAAACCUUGUUAGAAGUGGGAACCAAACGUCAGAUAUCUUCCACAGAGGUAAACAAAACAUUAAUUUUGGGCCCACCAACAUUUUUAAAAUGAUUAAUUCACAAUUGUAAUUUUUUUUCAGGAAAAGACAUACAUUUAUUCCUUUUUAAAAGCUCUGUAGAUGUAUUAUUUUUAAAAAAAAUAAUCGUCUACAUAAAAAUGUUAUCAAUAAGACAUUUAAACUGGGAUUUUGUUUCCCGCUGCUCACCGGAGUUUACAGUAAACUACCAAAUAGUUUCAAUCGUAACGUUGACAUUCAAAUUCUAAAUCAAAAUUUGAAUGCUUUUCUUGGUUGUUUAAAUGUCUAUUCUGUCUAAACCCGGCAUUUCUGCACAAGUGCAGAUAAAGAUCAGGCUACACUAAUAUUAUUAGUAUCACACUAUUUGUAGGAUUGUUUCCGACUCGUGUGAUCCAAACAUUUCCAGAGCGUUGUAAAGUCCCAAAGUCAACAUGUAUUGAAAAAAGAUUGAUGUGAUCAUUUGCAAAAUUCACACCAUGUUGUUAUCUCACUAAAUAUUCUGCUUUAAUCCAUAUUUGUUGGUGUUUAGCCUUUCAAAAACAGUGUUUUCACUGCGGUCAAGAAACUGUAUGCGGGGGUGUAUAAGGAGACGGUCUAGCAGCAAUCUAACAGCACCAUAAAUUACAUUUAUAUAGCCACAAUAACAAGAUUUUUUUUUUUUUUUAGAGUGACAUUCAAAGCUUCAUUUGAAAACCUCAAUAGAAGCUUCAAAUGUAAUGUAAUUUUUUUUUUUUUUUAAUAUAAAUGUUAUUAAUUCCUGGAUUCUUUUUUUUAACAAAAAACAAAAAUAAUGAGCCUUACUUGUUUGGCAAUGAAAGAAAAUAGUUCUAAACUAAUUUUGGAGAUGCAUGGCCCAUCACUGGAAUCAUGGAUUGUUUGGUAUGUUGGUGUAUUAUACCGUCUUUGAACAUGUAAUGUCACCUUAUUUGGAAAGGUUGAAUUCUGUAUAAUUUAGGAGAGAAAAAACAAAUUCUGCAGUUGGAUGUUGGAAGUCUCCAAAUUGAGUUUACAGGAUUACAAAGCGGCAUGUGCAUUUUCCUCGCAUACACAAUCCUACCACACACAGCUAACCGGUUAUUAAUCACAGAGUGUCCAUGAGUGUUUUGUUGCUUAUUAAUUAUCAAGGCAUCAUCAUACAUUUGAUUAUUAGUUGUGUGGAUUGUCAAAUCUCACCCAAGUACGACCCGAUUGCACCUAUCAAACACCUUGUAAAGUGCGACCAAAUCAAAAAGACUUUCACAGUGAACAAAAUGUCAUGCUAAUGGAAUGCCAUGUUGCAUUAUUUUAGGUAUUAUGUAUAGUCAUGCUUUUUUUUUAUGUUGCUUUGCAUUAAUUUUGUAUUCACAAUUUCUAAAUGUCAGCACCAACUUGUAUAAUACAGUGCAUUAUGUUAGAGCUAUUCAAAUAUUACAUUUUUGGCAGCUGUUAAUAAAUGUGUUUCUGGUAUUCUG